UUCUCUUUCUGUUUGCUCUCCAUAAAGUUUCAGAACAAAAAUUGAAAAAUAAUUAUGAUCACAAGUCAGUGUUGCACUAACAUGGGAAUAUAUGCUUUUUCUCCUUGAAGAAAAUUAGUAACAUUAGUUUACGCAGUGGUCGUAGAAGAAGGGACUUGAUGCUGCUCAGGAACCGAUCAAGAGCAGUAACCAAGCCAAGUUUGAUGGGUGAUAAAAGCUCACAGCCAUCUCCAAAUCAGAAUUAUGCUAGAACUAUUCCAUCUCUAUUUGGCUCACCAAAGUUUAGAGAUUUCACCAUGAAGCGUCUAUCAGGAUCUGAGGCUUUGCGCAGCCCAACAUCAAUUCUUGACACAAGAGCAUUAUCCCCAAAUGGGAAUCCUUUCUCAUAUGAAAACAGGACCGAAGCUAUGAUAUCCCCAAGAAUGCAAUCAGAAAAAAGAAGCUCUUGGGAAAAGAUGGAUUCACAAGGCAUUGGACUUGCUCUUGUGGGUGCACUUAAAGAUGAGACUUUUGAUGACAAUUCUGCUAAACCAAGCAAUGGGAAUGUCCUGUUUGGAACUAAGCUUAGAGUGAAAAUCCCUCCCCUGCCACCACCUUCCACGUUUGAGUCUAAAACAUGUGAUGUUGAUUUUGGUGCCAAAGCUAAGGAUUCUCCACCAGCAGUUGUGACAGGUGUUUUGAGUUUGAGUGAGAUGGAGCUUUCUGAGGAGUACACAUGUGUGAUAUCCCAUGGACCUAAUCCAAGAACAACCCAUAUAUUCGAUAAUUGUGUUGUGGAAAGCUAUUGUUCUCUGCCCAAUAACCCGCACACUUCUUUGGUCAAUUUCCUUAGCUUUUGUUACACUUGCAAGAAGCAUCUUGAGCAGACAAUGGAUAUCUUUAUUUACAGAGGAGAGAAAGCUUUCUGCAGUCAAGAAUGUCGCCACCAAGAGAUGGUGUUAGAUGGAGCAGAAAAUUCAGAUGGUCAUUAUUGACUUCAUUUUCCCUUGAGCGCUUUACUUUCACCGCGGCCUCAAAGUCUUGCAUUUUGGUGAGGAUAACUAGCUAGUCACAAUUUUCCAAUUUUUGUUUAGGAUUUCUAGAUAAUAUUUCAUUGUGACCAGCAUAUUCUUUUUCACCCUUUUGAAGUUCUUUGUUUUUGUUUUUGUUUUUUGUGUUUUUUUCUCCCCUCUCCCUUGCAAAUAGAGAUAAGAGAGGAUGUAGAGUUUAUUUCAAGAAAUGAGUAAUUAAGAUUGCUUCUGGCUUUCCCCUUUGUUUUUGGCCGAAGCAGAUGAUCAUGAAUAUGAUUGAAAA